AUGGGUUUUCUCAGACGAGUGGCUGGUCUGCCAGCGUGUCCAGAGCUGACCAGAGAAACCAUUCCCAGGUCCAGAGACGUGGGACACUUUCUGUCUGUCACUGGUACUGUCAUACGCACCAGUGUUGCCAAGGUUUUGGAAUACGAGCGUGAUUACAUGUGCUCCAAGUGUAGCCACGUGUUCACACUGCAGGCUGAUUUCGACCAAUUCUACACCUUCGUCCCACCGGCUGCCUGUCCCAACCCUGUUGUCUGUAAUUCGUACAAAUUCAGCUGUUUGUCUGGAGGAUCUGAGCCUGCUGCCUGCAGGGACUUCCAGGAGAUCAAGAUACAAGAGCAAGUGCAGAGGCUGUCAGUGGGCAGUAUUCCUCGGUCGAUGGUGGUGGUUCUGGAGGAUGACCUUGUUGACAGUUGUAAAUCUGGUGAGAGUCAUUUGUUGCUGGUUGGGGACCCUGGCACAGGGAAGUCUCAGUUCCUGAAGUAUGCAGCUAAGAUCAUGCCUCGCUCUGUACUCACAGCUGGAAUUGGAUCAACAAGUGCAGGACUGACGGUAGCAGCAGUGAAAGAUGGCAGUGACUGGCAUCUGGAGGCCGGAGCCCUGGUCCUAUCAGAUGGUGGUUUGUGCUGCAUUGAUGAAUUCAACAGCAUCAAGGAACAUGACCGCAUCAAAUUUUUGUGUAAGCUGAACACUCGGACCACCAUCCUGGCAGCUGCCAACCCUAAAGGCCAGUAUGACCCCAACGAGCCGCUGUCUGUGAAUGCUGCUCUGGCCAGCCCUCUGCUGAGUCGCUUCGACCUGGUUUUAGUUCUGCUGGACACCAGAAACGCAGAGUGGGACCGCAUCAUCUCCUCUUUUAUUCUGGAGGACAAAGGUCUGCCUGCCGAGUGUGCCAGCCUGUGGUCCAUGGAGAAAAUUAAGACUUAUUUCAGUUUGAUUAAGCGCUUGAAGCCACAAGUGUCUGAAGACGCCAACAGCAUCUUGACACGUUACUACCAGCUGCAGAGACAGAGUGACAGCCGCAACGCUGCCCGCACCACCAUCCGCAUGCUGGAGAGUCUGAGCAGACUGGCUGAAGCACACGCCAAGCUCAUGUACAGAGAGACGGUGACCAUAGAGGAUGCUGUCAUGGCCGUCUCCGUCAUGGAGUGCUCCAUGCAGGGCGGUGCUUUGCUGGGAAAUGUAAAUGCAUUACUCACCUCAUUCCCAGACGACCCAGCUCAGCAGUAUCACGUUCAGUGUCAUGUACUGCUGGAAGGGCUGAACCUGCCUCAGCUUCUUCAGAAGGAGAUUGACAGACAGGCCAGGUUGAAGAGCAGCACCUCCCAGUUUGACCCACCAACUGAUAAUUACCAACAUCAACUCAGAGACACAAAGUCCAUCAACAAAACACACUGCCAUGACAACACCAGUAACCAGGGUGAUGUCACGGUGGAGAGUGGCUUGGACUGGUUCCACUCCAUCACUUCAUCAUCAGAUGGUACGGCCUCGUCCAUAAUUACAUCAACUCAAGAAAACCUAAAUAGAAAACCAAACUCCAGCUGGUCAGAAAUGUCGACAGUUAGCAAACAGCCACACUGUCAAACUGAGAAGGACUUUGUAAGUAGCGCUGACUCAUCUUUAAACCAGGACGUUGUUUCAAAUCCUUUUGGAACAAUUAGCUCUGCUUCAGAAGAAAAACAAAGAAAAAGUGAGAAAAAUGAAAACAUCAAAGAAAAAUGCACUUUAAAGCAAUCUGAGAGACGGAAAGAUAAAGAGCAUCCGGAGUCGUUGGAGUGUGUGUUUCAGAAAGUCUCCAAGAGUCUGAGAGACAGAAGAAGGGAGCUGGAGCUGAGUCAUCAUCAGUGUGAUGAAGAGGGAGGAGGAGGACACGGAGAGAGGGUGGUGCCUGGAGAUGUGACUGAUGUUGUAGACACGACUUUAGAUUCUCACACGAGCAACACACUGUCAUCACGUAAGAACUGCCCUUCUAAUAACACGUCGGAGGACAAGAGGGACCAGACUCCCACUAAGAACAUCAGUACUACACUAAAGGAAAAUCAGCCGGCCCACUGGCAGACACAGAAGACUAAAAGAAAGAAAAGACAGAACCGGUACCAAAGUGUUUCAGAAGGCGCAUGCAGUAGACAACAGGUGAGCUGUGUCAGUGAGGCGGGAGAGAGUGGCUCUGAAGCCAGUGUUUGUUUUACACCAAAAGAGCUGGAUAAGGAUGAUUUUUCCUUUGGAAAGGGUGAAGAACAAAGAACCAGAGAUGACGUUGGUGAUGAGACUAAAGUAUGUAGCUUCGCUUGUACCCCUCCUUUAAAACCAAACACUUGCAUCAGUGAUCCAGCAACUCCCAAGUCAGGUCACACCAAGUCGGCUGUGGCCUCUUCAACCCUGGCUAAACUCUCAAGAUUCUCGUUCCCCUGCACAACUGAACCCACAACCACAGCUCAAACGAAAGUGGAAAAAGGUCCACUUAAACGAGAUGGUGCGGAAGGUUCAAGAGGAAGUUCUAAAGACGAGCAAACUCUAAAUCUCCCGGAAUACAGUCCCUUAUUACGAAAGAUCAAAACUGCAGUGACCGUGGGAAAAGUAAAGGACAUAUUACCCCCCGCAGCCACAGAGCUCACACCAGGACAGGAACAUGAACAAGGGACACCAACUAAAGCAAAGCACGCAGAGCUUACUCGUGCUGCAACCCGCAUGAAUGAUGGUCCUGUUGACUAUCAAAGCUCUGCCAAUCUGAAGAAGAGGAAGUGUUUUGAGCUGGGCCCUCCACUAAGUAGUGUUGGUGGCUCCAAGACUCCGUUCUCAGGACUGUCUAUGUUUGGCUCUGAGUUAAGUAAUGAUGUUCUUGACACAGACUGGGACCAAGAGGUUUCAAAGAAACCCAAAAUCUGAAAUCAUCGUCUGUUUGAGAGAAAAAAAGAAAAUAAUACCACAGUAAUGCAAUCAUAUUUUGCUGUGGGGCAUAUCAAUUACAUUCUUUGCCUGAUGUAUUAUUUUUUGCAAUACAUUUCCCUGUUGUGGGACUAAUAAAGGAUUGCUGAUUUCUGAUAAAACAGAAAGAUA